UCAGAAUUUGCUAUGAGUGAGUCUGUGAUCGAUUUUAAGGCUCUAUAUUCCAAAAAGAAGUUGUAUGACAGUGCUUUCCUCCUCCCAGCGAAGUGUGAUAUAAACAAGGUCAUUUCCGCAGAGGAAACAGAUAACAGGGAUAUGUUAGAAUCAGUAUCAUCCGACCCUAGUUCUCUAAUUCCAUCUACCGCUGCUGAUUCUAUUCAACCACAGCCAUCCGCUUCUAGCCGUCGACCGUCUAUCAGAGUCACCACCGAGUUCGAUAGCGACACAUCUCUUUUCUUCCACAAGGUAUCCUGCAAGUUGUUCCACAAUCUUGCCAAGCUCAAGCUCUGCUUUCAGAACAACAACGAGGGACAUGUCUCUCAUCCUCAAUUAACCUUUACCUCUAAACACCUCUCCUGCCGCUACGAUCUCCAUGAAUAUAAUGCUCUCCUCAAUGGCUCUUUCGAGAUUGCACCUGGUUUGCAGCUCACUGCCGCUCACGAUGUCAAGGCGCAGCUAGGAGAAGUGACUAUGGCUGCUGAUCUUGCUCCUGCUUGCAAACUCGAGUUGACUUCUCCCUUUCCAUCUGUUGGCUUGCCAAAAACAACCUUAAGAUUUCCCUUUGGUGAAGUGUCAUUAGAAGAGAAUGAGGAUCUGGAAGAGGAGGAUGCAUCUCCAAAGUUGUCAGUUAGUGGAAUUUUCAAAGGUCAAGUUCUUAAUGGAAUUUGCAAUGCUCAGUACCGGGAUGAUAAUUUGAAUUUAAGAUACUCCUACAAGGAUGAACUGACUACCUUCAUCCCAAGCAUUUCUCUGCCUUCAAAUGCAUUAUCCUUCUCAUUCAAGCGUCGCUUUGGUCCUUCUGACAAGUUGAGCUACUCCUACUACUUUGAUACAAAUUGCUGGAGUGCUGUUUACAAACACACAAUAGGCAAGGAGUACAAAGUCAAAGCUGGUUAUGACUCAGAAGUGCAAUUAGGUUGGGCAUCUAUGUGGGUUGGUGAAGAAGAUGGGAAAGCAAAAACAGCACCAAUGAAGAUGAAGGUGCAGUUGAUGCUUCAAGUGCCACAAGAUGAUGUAAGAUCGUCAGCCCUGAUGUUCCGUGUCAAAAAGAGAUGGGAUAUUUGAAUCAUGCAGCAAAUCAAAUAGAUCAGGCUGAUAUUUCUGGUUUAAGGUUCUUACAGACGGUUUCUUUCCGUUGUGAUGGAAAUUUCAGAAUCUACUCUGGCUGUUUAUCCAGCAAUGAGCUUCAGCGUGUUUUAAUUUUAUUAUCUUUUUUUAAAGAGCUCGCUCUUGAUGUUGCAUCUCAAGUAUAUUAAUGUGUUCUUGUCUUACUUUAACGAGGUUGAUGCCUCAAAUCCAAUCAAACUUAUUUUUUAUG